UUCCCAAAGCAGCAGAGUUUCUCAGUAAAGCCUCCUCCAUCCCCUCAGUCCCCGGUGCCAUCGGUGGUGAAGCAGAUAGUCAGCCAGUUCCCCCCUCCUCCCACGCCACCUGCCACUGAUCCCCAGCCUCUGAAACCCCUUCCACUGAGUGUGGCUCCACAGUCACCUCCAGCAGUGAAGGCAAAGCCCAAAUGGCAGCCUGCUGCUGCUCCCUCACCAGAUUUCCCACCUCCCCCACCAGAGAGCAGCUUAGUGUUUCCUCCUCCACCUCCUUCCCCAGCUUCCUCUGCAGGUUCUCCCCCACCUGACAAAUCAGGGUCUCCAGUCAAAAAGGCCGGUAAAACAUCAAGCCCUGGAGGGAAGAAACCGCCUCCAACACCUCAGCGCAACUCCAGCAUCAAGUCCACAAGCUCCACGGAGUACCAUGAGUCUAAGAGGCCUUCAGUGGACCGCCUUGUCAGCAAAUUUGCACACUCACCAGAGCCGUCAGGAUCUCCUUCCAAGGAGUCAUCACCUCCUCCAGCCCCUCCAAAGCCAGGAAAGCUCAACCUAUCUGGUCUGCCCAUUGUCCUUCCACAGGGUGGGAUACCAGCCAAGGCUUCUGCUCCGAGUGUGUCUGGAAAGGAACCUGUGGUUGAAUUCCCUUCACCACCAUCCGAUUCAGACUUCCCACCACCACCACCUGAAAUAGAUCUUCCUCCCCCUCCAGUAGAAAUUCCAUCUGUGUUUUCAGGCAGCACCUCCCCAAAAGUCGCCGUUGUAAAUCCCCAGCCACAGGCGUGGUCAAAACCAUCUGUGAAAAAAGCCCCACCACCCACACGCCCCAAGCGGAACGACAGCACCCGACUGACACAGGCAGAGGUCGCAGAGCCCCCAGGGUCAGCCGGCCCACAAGUGCCCACGUCACCCAAGUCCAGCCUUAGCGUUCAGCCGGGAUUCCUGGCAGACCUCAACCGGACGCUGCAGCGGAAAUCCAUCACCCGGCACGGCUCCCUCUCCUCCGCACGGGUGUCCAGAACAGAGCCCACCGCCACCAUGGACGACAUGGCCCUGCCUCCACCCCCACCAGAGCUGCUCGCUGACCAGCAGAAGACCAGCAGCUUUGGGGGCAGUCAUAUAUCUGGCUAUGCAACGUUACGGAGGGGGCCACCCCCCGCACCCCCCAAAAGGGAUCAGAACACCAAGCUGUCACGGGACUGGUAGUCAGUCCCUAGGGCCAGUGCUCUCCAUGACUUGUGGGCUGCUCUGCGAUCGGCCAGCCCAUGGUCUUGUGCACGUGGAGAGGAUGUGGGGAUGUGGAUGAUAGCCCCAUUAAAAGAGGUGAUCUCAAACUGCAGCUAUGGCUAAAUGUAAAGACAUUCCCCUUCCAUGGCUAGGUUAAAAAUUUGGAGGCUUAGGGAUGUUGAUACUUUAGUGGGAAAAGUGGGUAGAGAGGUGUUGGCUUCAUUCUUUCACUUACUUUUACCCUUCUUAUGGAUUGGACCAAACCCCUUAUUUUCUUUUUCUGCAUUUAGGGGAGGGGGAGGGAGAUACAUUUUGUAGUGUCUGUCCACGUGAGACAUGUUUGUGCAUGUAUUAUAAGUGUAGGUAUAUAAUAUAUUGUGAUCUAUUUCGUCGCAAUUAUAGAAGAUAACCAGAAUGUUUUUGUAGAACCGUAUUUAUUGUUUCAGUCAGUAUAUUAUCUGGAAUUGGACUCUAACUGGUCAAAUCUUACCAUAAAGAUGGAGAUGUAGGGGGCACUUUAAAGAAAGGAAAUAAAAAACAUAAACCCACAAACUUCUCAGCAGUUUGUGGUGGGUAAAUUUUGCAAAGCUGAGGUGUUCGGCUGGUAACUGUAUAUUGUCCAUUGAUUGAAAAGUACAGAGGCAACAUACCAAAACAUUCUGGUCAUAAUACUACUGAAAAUGAGUAUGUUCAGAGGAAAGAAAUAGAUUUUAUAUAUAGUGGGCUGGAGUGAAAUAUAUUUAUACUAUAAAGAGCCUCCCCCUCCUUUCAGAUAGUAUAAAAAUAUACACCGAUACAAAUUAUUUCAAACUUACUUGUCCAUGCAGUUAAGUAGGAUAAAUAUAUAUUCCAAACCAUUAUGCAUUCUAACUGUUAGUAGGCUCAGUCAUUUGUUUCUAUGGCUCACGAUGAAUAUAUCUGUGUUAACCCCUUCUGAAAGCUGCCAGGAUUCCUGCAAUCGAAAAUCCUGCCAACCCCCAAGGCUGACCCACGCCGAUCCGUGAGCUGUCCGUGUAGCUCUUACCCUGAAUGAACAGGUAGGUUCCUGUAGAAAGCGCUGUGUGCUCACGCAGGCAUGCACAGCGUCCAGUCUCACCUGGUCUGUGCCUGGUAAGAUGCAGUGUCUUCACAAAAACAAGCGUCUGGAAAUGUGUAAAGAAAGUAUUGUUUGUAACUGAUUAGAAAUUUUCAGGAAACUUUCCUUUCAGGAAAGAGAGAAGGGAGCAGCAAUUUCAGGACAAGGAGAGUAGGAAGUCACUCUCAGAGACUGUGACCAGUGCAUUAACCUGUUUAUUACAAAGUUGCACUUCUAGCAGUCAAGGAAGAAGUCUGGAAAUAAAACAACCUUAAAGAGGCAAUAACAUUUGCUAGGAAUUUCAUCUAAGGGCCCAUAUGAGUAGAAAACAGACUAUUGAUUUGCUUGCUUUUUUGUUAGUCACCGAUAUCGGUCACCAGAUGGAGUAUGACAGUCCUUUUUCUUCAGGAGCUACUUCUGUAGCUUGAUUGUACAGUCUGACCCACAUAUUCAGACCUUAUGAUAAGGUAGUGUAAGUGGUCUUAUGUAUCAUUGCACAUUCCUUGCAGGGUGGUGGGCCUUUGUAAAACUAAAAUACUUGGACUGUAACUACCCCAUCUUCAGCUGUUACUGCCUCCUUUGUCACCAUGGGGAUACUGUCAAUAGGCUCAUAGGGCAAAUAAUUUCAUUGUUUGCAUACUUUUUCUCCAAAAGCAAACUUGAAAUGCUUUCUUUCUCCCAAAGAAUAAAACAAAGACAGAAGCUUGACCUGGCAGUUAUCCUCACAUGUGUAAAACCAAUAGAAACUGGUCUCUCAUUAGAGUAAUUCAGAAUGAUACAUUUAAGAAAUAUUGUGACAGUGUCCCCCAUUCCUUUUUUUUAUAAAGUUGUUGUUUUGGGUUUUUUUAACCAAAUAGUGAAAUAAAUGUCUUUGUGAAUAUUUUAUGAAUAGGAAAAAAAGUUUUGCUAAUUUGAGGUGGAAAAUUACACAUCUAUAACUAUAUAGUUUUAAAUAGGUGCAUCAUGAAAAGAGAAAAAUUAGUGGUGCUGUCUCUGAUGACCUGUUUCAUAUGAUUUUUUAAAAAAUCUGUUUCAGCACCUCUGGAAAUUGUUUUAAUAUUUCAGACUAGAUUUUUUGAGCAAUAAGAGUAUAUACCAUUGUGUGCAUUUUUAAAGCACUGCUAUGGAAAGGCACUUUUUUGUAUCUUUCAAAUUGUCCACCAAGUUUUGUUUGUACUAUUUUUGUGCUUACAAAGUGUCCUUAAAAGCAUUUGCAUUGUUGAUUUUAAGCAUGCUCAGUGUAGCUGGUGACUAACUUCACAGGAAGGUUGUUAAGCUAUACUGCAGCUCACGGGUGCUGCAAUUUUCACCGUUGGUCCUCUUGCUGAUUUUUCGUGUGCGCAGCUCCUGGGGCUCAGACACACCCGUGGGCAAAAGGUGCUUGCUGCAGCUGAAACUGCUCGGCCCUUAGCCGUGACGGGUAAGUGGGCACAUUCUCCUGCUCCUGGCAAGAUGCACCUGGGCUGAGGCAGUGUGUGCUCCAGGUGAGAGCAGUCAGGGAAUUCUGUUUGCCCCACCUGCUUUUCUUUUCCCCAAGACGGCCUCACUGGUGUGUGUCAUUUCCAGCCCUUUUACUUUACUUCAUUCGGUGCGGGUACCUCUGGGCUUUGGAGUUGGCACACCAAGGUUUUGAGUGCCAUUUCUUUAGAGGCAUUUGAGCUUUGUUCUUGUUUUCCUGUGCUCACAUUCAUAUCCUCGGUAUCUCUCCCUAGGUAAUGAAUCCAUGCUUACUACUGCAGGCUGCCCACAGCUUGCUGGGAGACAGCUGUGUAACUCCUAAGUCUGCAGCAAAAAAAAUUUAUGUCAGCAAAGGUGGCACCCUGUAUUCCUUCUAGUUAGUUUCCUUCCUAAGGCAGUAGUGAUCCACUGAGCACCUGCUGCUUGUUUUCUCUCAACUGAGCAUGGAAAUUUGGCUACAGCAUGGUUCAGAAAAUCUGGUUGCCUGUUCAGGUUAUGAGAUACCUCCCAUUGUAACUUGCUUUUCUGGUAUGUUUACUGGUUUUGUGACAGUAAAUAUUUACACCUUAUUUUGCAAGUAAGUUAUUUUCCCCCAUGUGCAGUCAUCUCAUAACUGCACCAUAAUAUUUAUUAAAUCAGAAAAUUAAGGGGCUGGAUUUCAGACGCCCAGGAAGAGGCUUCCUGCUACAAACAUGAGCAGUAAUACUUUGGGCACUGUUACAACGGGCACGUGAAGGCUGAGUGUUCAUACCCUGGACACAAAAGUGCUUUGAUCCCAAAAUACGUGUAUGGCUGGAGUUGGAAUACAUGAGGCAGGGCACAGGCUGGUCACUUGUUAAGGUGGGUGUCAGGGGAGCCCUGCUCCUGCAAGGGCAGCUGAAAGGGCUCAGCUGUGUUUGUUAGUAUUUUUUUUCCACAUUUGGUCUUCAUUUCCCCUGUGCUAUGCAGCAUAGCAUCCACCUCUGAGUAGCAGAACCCUGUUCAGCCAGGUGCCUGUGCCUGCAGCCCAGGUGUAAAAAGCAGGGAGCUAUUCUCAGUCAUUACAUCGCAGUUCAGGUGUUGGGGAGUUGCUCUGAAAGUGAAAACUAGGCUCUUCUAGCAGCACUAAGCUUAGAUGAGAAAUUGUUUUUAAAAAAAAUUGUUCUAAGCAAACCACAGGCAGCAUGUUUCAGGUGGCUGUGCUAGGGGUCCUGUUUAGUCUUUUAACAGCUGUAGCUGGGAGAGAAAGGCACAAGUGUCUAAAUAAUUCUUUUAUUUUCUAUGGAAGAGGAAGUUUCCUGCUUCACCCUUCACAGUGGUUUCCUCCUGCAGCAAAUCACCACUGACUGCUCUGACUUGGUGAAGACCUCAAAGCCAAAGAGCUCCUCUCCUGAGAUUACUCUGCAGUUCUCUGCAGGGCAACAGUGAGUGACACAUCAGGGAAACAAAGUGCAGGUACCUGGAUUUUUUUUUUUUUCAGGUCUGAGGGGAAAGGAAGCAGUUUUUUCAACAAGUGCAUUUUAACGUUUACUGUUCUGGGCUUGCACAUUUGAAGAUUUUCUAAUUCCUUCUUUCUGUGCCCUUAGACAACCAGAUAAAUCAUAUCAGCUCAGAGAUAGAGUGGCCAGUCUUCCUCUCAGUUAAAUUUUUUUUUCCACAGUUUAAGGAACCAAAAGUGCCAUUUCAACAGCAGAAGGGCAAAAAGAGAAUUUUUCUGUUUUUUACAGAAAACAGCAUAGAACCAAAUUGUUUUGCUACAGUGGUACCAUCACAGGUAAAUUUGUAUCUUAUUCAAAAUAAGAUUAUAAGUGGCUCCUAGUAUGAGUAUUACUUAACUAGUGUCAUGUUAAAAUCAGUUGCACUCCAGCAAAGCAGUAUGAAUUCCUGGCAGAAAGUAGUGACGAUGCAGCCAGAACAUGGGAGUUUGAUUGGUUGCUGGGUUUGGUUUUUUUUAGCAUAUUAAGGUGUAGAUUACAUACUCAGUGACACUCAGCUGCAGGUGAGUCUUACUACUUUGGGGCCCGUUUGUGGCACCUCCUGUUGGGCUCUGCAUUCAUUCCCUUGCACCCACUGGGGCACACUCCAAACCAGAGAGGACUGAACACUACAGGGGAGUUUCUCUUGGAUGUUUUUUGCCACAUGCUGGUGGGAUUUUAAGCUUUAUUUUGGAAUUCUGAUUUUCUACAUUGAGUAAUUUUCCUUUCUGAACUUUCUUUCCUUCAAUUAAAAAAUGCCCAUGAAGACUGACCAAACCAGGGUUUUGUUGCAGGGGGCAGCACUCACUAAUACUGUGACACAGGCUUGGUCUAAUUUUGAGAAGUUUAAGACACUAAACUGCAAAUGAGAUGACAAACACAUGCUUAUCUUUCAGAGUGUAAAUUACUUCAAUUGCUACUAACCAACCACAGGGCAAAUAAUGACUUGGAUGAUGAUCAUUCAGUGCUCUGAGGCACUCAGUGGGGCAAGGACUCAGUGAGCUCUCUGCUCAGUAGAUGGAUCUUGGGUAAAGGGGAGUUAGAGAAGGUAGAAGACCAGGAGGAAUAGGAACUAGUGCUGUAGAAAUGAGUGAGAAGGAUUGUCAAUAAAAGAUUGUGGACACUAUCCCCCCCUUAUUUAAAUACUUGAAGGCAACUUGUCUUUUAGGAGAUUUUGGAAUUCAACCAUUUGCUACAGUGGAAAACAAUUUCCUUCCAGCUUUCCCAAGAUGCCAAAGAUGCAUUCUGAGCUGAAUUCCAGGUAUGCAGAUGUGUGUACACCAGUCUCUUGUUGCCAGGGGUCUCAUACUGCUGACGUGUAGCACGUCUGGUGAGAGAACAGGGUUGCCGCUCUUAGAUGUUGUGUGUCCCUUGCCUUUAACCAACACUGGAAGUGGGUACACACUUGCAAACAACAGUGUAGCAAACACAGCUGUGCCCAUGGCACCCUGCUGCCUGAUUUGGUGCAGCACAAUAGCACUUGUACUUGUAAAAGAAAAACUAAAUGUUUUGUCACAAGUUGUAAUUGGAAAUCUUAGGCCUCCUAGUGGACUGCAGUGGACCAGAAAUGAGCUGGAGCAGCAGUUUGGUUUAUGGCUUACACUAAUUGUUACCAGUCACUGGGAAUAUUCUGUACAAUACUGGAGAUGCAAGUGUAAGAAGUGUCAUUGCAAUGAUGAUUUGUCUGUGCAGCAAACUUGUGCUGAGUGCUGUAAAUAUUCAUGUUUACUGCUUUAAAAAGAAAAUUGCACAUUUUAUCUUUCAACAGGACUGCCUCCCCUCUUCUUCCCUUUCCAAAAAAAAAAAAUAAAUAAAAUCAAAGCUCUUUUAGACUGAUAGCUUCAGGUUGGGGGGAGCUUUACCAUAUUAUAAAUAUAUAUAAAUAUAUGUAUAAAUAUACUUUUUUAAGCAUGAGAGAGGACAGAAGAAAUACUACAUUAUAGAAUACCCAAUAUAGAUCAUUAUACAAUGGAAUAUGCACAAUUCAAUAAAGAUGUAGUUAAAUUUAA